AUGAGCCAACCCGAAGAGGCCUUUGAGAUCCCGGCACCGCGGAACCGGGCUUGCGACUUGUGCUUCGCGAAAAAGAUAGGCAUCCAGUUCAUCAUCGCAAGGCACCCGACGUGCCCUAUCUGCUGCUCAUCGGCUCACAUCCUUGACCAACCCAACAGACGCAAGAUAGCCGCUGCCGUGCGGCAUGCGAGCCAGCUCGCCGGCGCCGCCAAUGCGAAGACGCUUGGCGUGCCCACCUUUGCACGACCAGACGGCGACCGCCAGAGCGAGACACCAUGGCCUAACGUCGUCGAGGCUCCGAGGGAUGCGAAUCAGCCGGAUGCCUCCAGCAGUAAGGACCAUGCGUCCCAGUCGUCAGGCUUCUCGCCGACCGUAAGCACGCGGAAGCCUUUCCGCCAGGGACUCCUCAAGCAGGAGUACGAGCACCGUCCGGCGAGAACGCCGAGACCCGAUAUUAUGAGGGCGCAUUCGCAUGGUGCCGGCACGCAGGCGCAGACCAUGUUGGAGUUUGAGCUGCUGGCCGGCAAGGGCAUGGAUGUCGGGAGGCGGGAGGUGCUGAAAGCUGCCGUCGCCCUCUCAAAUCAGCCUUCGACGACGACACCGCAGAUUGACCCCGAGGCCGAGAUCUACAGUGGACUGGACCUUGAUGACGAGUCCAUGUACCCCUCGGCAGAAGUUCUGCAUUUCAUUCUUGACGCGCCCGCGCAACAUCAAAGCGUCGGGCUGUCCUACAUCUUGGACAUGGUAUCGCGGGAGACGAUUGAGAAGCAAGGAAUUGCUCUGAUUGAAGGCACAGCCAAGGGUCCCGCUCGACUACACUACAUGGUUAAUCUCAACUACGCCGCCUGGCUUUACCUCCACGCAACAAUAUCCGGCACCAUUAGUCCAGCCAUGAAGCAACACCUCAUUCGAAGGCGAGAACACUACGAGGCGAAUCUCCUCGCAGCCGUCCAUUCCAUCGGUGUACUCGACGUGCCAAGCCUCUCGUUGUUCCAGGCGCUGCUAUCUGGGACCAUGUUCAUGAUUCACACCGGAAGGGUGGAGAAGAGCUGGAACCUAAGCUCGGCAGCAUCGCGAGUCUGUGUUGCCCUCGGUGGACGCUAUUUCACCAACCUGGCUACGACCGCGAACAGCGCAGAAGCAACUGCCGCGCGGUACUGCCUAACGCUAUGCUUCAUGUUCGACAAGUCGCUGUCUCUCACCAUGAAUCGUGUCUCGGCUUUACCCGACAUCAACCUGAACGUGGCCAUGGUCACACCUUUUGACCCUUCCCGCCCGUACACUGCAUUGCCCGACGUCUAUCUCGAGUUUGCGCUGGUACAAGACGAAAUCAUCAAGGGCAGGCAGCGCCGUCCCGAGGUCAAUCGGCAGAUGGAUGUCGUGCAGAGCCUUCAGCAGAAAAUGUGGCCCAUUGGUGAGAAGAUCCGCCAUUUCCGGUCAAAACCUCUGAACGAUCAGGACGCCUAUCUUGCUGCCGAAUGGAUCGGCGCCGAUUUUGUGUAUCACUCGAUUAUGACGGCCAUCUUUCGACUACAUCCAGGCCUCUCAGAAGACGGUGGUCUCCUUGACCAGAUGAUGGGACAUGCUCGACUGGCUCUUUCGUUGCUGAACGAACUCCUCCGCACAUCGAAAUCGCUGACCAAAGUGGACACUUUGAAAGCAUCCAUAACAUGGAUCUUACUCUGCUACCCUCUAUACCCCUUCUUCAUCCUCUUUUGUCACGUCGUCAACGUUCCGGGCCCACAAGACUUCCAACUCCUCGUUGAAACAACACAAAACCUUACGGACUUUUCGCACAUUGAUGGUGCCAUUGCCGGUGUCUGUCGGCUGUUCGAGAAGUUUGUCACCCUCUGCAGACCGCUCGUGGAAAAGGAGAGCCCGGCCGCCUCGCCUGAGACGGGUGCCCAGCAACAGCCUCAGCAGCAGAAGCCGGGGCGGCCACAGCAAGACCGAGGCGAGGGGAUGCACAUACUGGCGAAUAUGUUCCGGAAGCCCCCUGGUCCUAUGGGGAACGAGACUAACGUCAUGAUGGGAGGCGUUGAGCCGACUGUGCCCAUCUUUACGGGAGGAGACAUGAGCAUGGCCUACGGUGGGCAGCCACACGGGUACGAUCCCAUGUCCCACAUCAAUACGCUGGGCGAGGAGGACCUGCUUUUGCAGUUGGGGAACACGCAUCCGUCCCUGGAAUGGAUCGAAGGUGCUUGGCCGACGUGA